AGUCUGUCGUGAUAGCUUACCAGUCUCUUUUUGCAGACCAUUCGUCUUAACUCAUCUUCGAUUUUACGACUGACAAAGAUUACGAUAAUGAAAUUCCAUGUUGCAGUCGCCGUUCUCUUGAUCGCAGUAUCAGCGGUUUAUUGUAAAAACAUCAUGACUCUGUGUAAACAAGUACAAACAAGAAUAGGUGCAAAUUACGUUAGGUCGCCAAAGAACUGCAGUGAAUUCUACUUUUGCAACCCCUUGUACCCGCAACCAUUGUCGUGUGGUAAAUACACGGUGUUUUCACAAUCACAACAAGUGUGUGUGUGGAAACACAGCCAGUAUGAUGACUGCAACCGUCAUAUUUAUGGAGGAAGAUUCAAUGACCCUCUCUGUAAACCAUACCUAUCUGGAUGCAACCGUGAUCCUCAAGACUGCCAUAGGUUUAUUCCUUGCUAUAACGGAACUUCGUAUCCUUCCAUGGCAUGCCAAUCAGGUCUUUUUUUUAACGUCCAACUACAAAGAUGUACCGGUCAAAGCCAGGCAAAUUGCAGGAAACUAUUUUUUUGACUGCGGCCAUACUGGAGCACCGCCUUUAGUCGAGCAAAUCGACCCCAGGACUUAUUCUUUAAAUGGCUUUCGACUUCAGCAACGAUGAUCCAGAUGAUUUUUCUUUAACGAUACGUCUUUCGAAGCAGUAAUAUUUAGAUGGUGUGAGACGUUUUUGAGCAGCCAACUUGGCGCCGACUGUUUGGCGUCGCUGAUCCCAUGCUGGCUUAUUUGACAUCAGUCGUUUUAAUGUUUCUCUCUUUCUGUCCCUCUCUCCUCCUCUCUCUUUGUGUAUGUGAGGAUAUGGAAAAUUUGUAUGUCAGUUCCUUUCAAUUAAUAAAUUGUAAUGCCUC